AUGGAAGAAAUUCGUAAAUCUGUAUCUUUUGGAAUUAUGAUUGACAAAAGUACAGAUAUUUCUACAAACAAACAUAUAGAUAUUUAUAUAAUGUAUCCAAAUAUUUUUGGAAAUAUAAAGACACAUUUUUUGCAAUUACUUGCACUUGAGCAAAGUGAUGCAAAAAUAAUCACUAUGAA